AUGUGUGGCAGGGCCAGCGGUCCUGUGGCAGGUGGCUACUUGGUGGGCCAGGUGUGGUGGGCGCUGUGGCCCGCGCGCCAGGUGUGGUGGCAGGGUUGGGCGCUCCUGAGUGGCCCCUUGGCGGGCCAGGUGUGGUGGGCGCUGUGGGCCCCGAGUGGCAUCUUGGCGGGGCAGGUACAGUGGCAGGGUUUGGCGCGUGGCCCCUUGGCGGGCCAGGUGUGGUGGGCGCUGUGGGUUCUGAGUGGAACCUUGGCGGGCCAGGUGCGGUGGCAGGGUUUGGCGCGUGGCCCCUUGGUGGGCCAGGUGUGGUCGGACCAGGCGGUGGGGCAGGCGGUGGGGCAGCAGGCGGUGGGCCAGGGCACUUUGGAGGCUCUUUUGGCAGUGCCUUUGGUGGGGCUGCUGCACGGGCCUCCGGGCACUGGAAAGACGUCAACCAUUACGGCAGUUGCCAAGACCAUGUACAAACAGCGCUACAAGUCCAUGACACUGGAGAUGAACGCGUCGGAUGCACGUGGAAUCGACGUGGUCCGAGAGCAGAUCAAAACUUUUGUGAGUGUAAAGCAGCUGUUUGCCUCUGCAGAAGGGCAGCCUAAGCUGGUCAUUCUCGACGAGGCUGACAACAUGACCAGCUCAGCUCAAUUUGCGCUGCGGCGCAUGAUCGAGCAGUACGCAUCCAACUGCCGCUUCAUUCUGAUCUGUAACUACAGCAGCAAGAUCAUCCCGGCCUUGCAGUCGCGAUGCACGAAGCUUCGGUUUGCUCCGCUGACGGAGGAGCAGAUGCUGGGAAGACUUCAGUACAUUGCAGAGACCGAGAAGAUCCAGUUGACCCAGGAUGGAGCCAAAGCCAUUGUGCAGGUUGGAGGUGGAGAUAUGAGGAAAGUCAUCAACAUCUUUCAGACGACAUCUAUGGGUCACCGAGGGAAUGUCGACUCCAAGGCAGUGUAUGCUUCAACCGGGAUACCAUCUCCAGAGGAAAUUCAGCACUUCCUGCGGGCCCUUCUCAAUGGAUCGGUGUCCUUCGCUGCCAGCCUCACAUCAUUGAAGCACAUGCUCAAUGCCAAGGGAUAUGCUUUGGAUGAUUUCCUGCUGGGCAGCCAAGAUGGUCACGCGCAGCUCAUGCACAAGCAGCUCCUUCUCGAAGACUUGCCAGUGUCACAGCGACUUCAGCUGACUGUGGCACUUGCUGACAUCGACUGGCGGCUGAAGCAGGGCUGCGGAGAUGCUAUCCAACUGGGCGCCAUCAUCGGCAUUUUCCACGAGGCCAGGGCGAUGGGGGGAGCUUAGGGGAUUUGGGGUUCGGGCUCGCAGUCAUCGCCUUGAGAUGCGGUCUGCUCUCUUGGCAACUGCCAACCUGUUUAGGUUUCCAAUCUGUGGAGAUUGGCGUGGUG